AUGCCCCCCACCAUUGCACAGCACCGCACAGCACCUGGGCACUGCUCACGUCGUGUUGCAUGCGUGUUGCUCCCUCCCCUUGCAGGUUCAUCCCCCUGCCUCACACAAGCACAGCACAGGGAGGGGGGGCGGAGCAGAGACUAUGAAGAAGUCCCUCCCUGUCUCACAUCCCUGUCUCGCAUCCCUGUCUCACAUCCCUGUCUCGCAUCCCUGUCUCACAUCCCUGUCUCACAUCCCUGUCUCACAUCCCUGUCUCGUCUCACAUCCCUGUCUCACAUCCCUGUCUCACAUCCCUGUCUCACAUCCCUGUCUCACAUCCCUGUCUCACAUCCCUGUCUCACAUCCCUGUCUCACAUCCCUGUCUCGCAUCCCUGUCUCGCAUCCCUGUCUCACAUCCCUGUCUCACAUCCCUGUCUCGCAUCCCUGUCUCACAUCCCUGUCUCACAUCCCUGUCUCACAUCCCUGUCUCGCAUCCCUGUCUCACAUCCCUGUCUCACAUCCCUGUCUCACAUCCCUGUCUCACAUCCCUGUCUCACAUCCCUGUCUCACAUCCCUGUCUCACAUCCCUGUCUCACAUCCCUGUCUCACAUCCCUGUCUCACAUCCCUGUCUCACAUCCCUGUCUCACAUCCCUGUCUCACAUCCCUGUCUCCCAUCCCUGUCUCCCAUCCCUGUCUCCCAUCCCUGUCUCCCAUCCCUGUCUCCCAUCCCUGUCUCGCAUCCCUGUCUCACAUCCCUGUCUCACAUCCCUGUCUCGCAUCCCUGUCUCACAUCCCUGUCUCACAUCCCUGUCUCACAUCCCUGUCUCACAUCCCUGUCUCACAUCCCUGUCUCACAGCCCUGUCUCACAUCCCUGUCUCGCAUCCCUGUCUCACAUCCCUGUCUCGCAUCCCUGUCUCACAUCCCUGUCUCACAUCCCUGUCUCACAUCCCUGUCUCGCAUCCCUGUCUCACAUCCCUGUCUCACAUCCCUGUCUCGCAUCCCUGUCUCACAUCCCUGUCUCACAUCCCUGUCUCACAUCCCUGUCUCACAUCCCUGUCUCACAUCCCUGUCUCGCAUCCCUGUCUCGCAUCCCUGUCUCACAUCCCUGUCUCACAUCCCUGUCUCACAUCCCUGUCUCGCAUCCCUGUCUCACAUCCCUGUCUCACAUCCCUGUCUCGCAUCCCUGUCUCACAUCCCUGUCUCACAUCCCUGUCUCACAUCCCUGUCUCACAUCCCUGUCUCACAUCCCUGUCUCACAUCCCUGUCUCACAUCCCUGUCUCACAUCCCUGUCUCACAUCCCUGUCUCACAUCCCUGUCUCACAUCCCUGUCUCGCAUCCCUGUCUCACAUCCCUGUCUCGCAUCCCUGUCUCGCAUCCCUGUCUCACAUCCCUGUCUCACAUCCCUGUCUCACAUCCCUGUCUCGCAUCCCUGUCUCACAUCCCUGUCUCACAUCCCUGUCUCACAUCCCUGUCUCACAUCCCUGUCUCACAUCCCUGUCUCACAUCCCUGUCUCACAUCCCUGUCUCACAUCCCUGUCUCACAUCCCUGUCUCACAUCCCUGUCUCACAUCCCUGUCUCACAUCCCUGUCUCACAUCCCUGUCUCCCAUCCCUGUCUCCCAUCCCUGUCUCACAUCCCUGUCUCCCAUCCCUGUCUCCCAUCCCUGUCUCGCAUCCCUGUCUCACAUCCCUGUCUCACAUCCCUGUCUCGCAUCCCUGUCUCACAUCCCUGUCUCACAUCCCUGUCUCACAUCCCUGUCUCACAUCCCUGUCUCACAUCCCUGUCUCACAGCCCUGUCUCACAUCCCUGUCUCGCAUCCCUGUCUCACAUCCCUGUCUCGCAUCCCUGUCUCACAUCCCUGUCUCACAUCCCUGUCUCACAUCCCUGUCUCGCAUCCCUGUCUCACAUCCCUGUCUCACAUCCCUGUCUCGCAUCCCUGUCUCACAUCCCUGUCUCACAUCCCUGUCUCACAUCCCUGUCUCACAUCCCUGUCUCACAUCCCUGUCUCGCAUCCCUGUCUCGCAUCCCUGUCUCACAUCCCUGUCUCACAUCCCUGUCUCACAUCCCUGUCUCGCAUCCCUGUCUCACAUCCCUGUCUCACAUCCCUGUCUCGCAUCCCUGUCUCACAUCCCUGUCUCACAUCCCUGUCUCACAUCCCUGUCUCACAUCCCUGUCUCACAUCCCUGUCUCACAUCCCUGUCUCACAUCCCUGUCUCACAUCCCUGUCUCACAUCCCUGUCUCACAUCCCUGUCUCACAUCCCUGUCUCACAUCCCUGUCUCACAUCCCUGUCUCACAUCCCUGUCUCACAUCCCUGUCUCACAUCCCUGUCUCACAUCCCUGUCUCCCAUCCCUGUCUCACAUCCCUGUCUCCCAUCCCUGUCUCCCAUCCCUGUCUCGCAUCCCUGUCUCACAUCCCUGUCUCACAUCCCUGUCUCACAUCCCUGUCUCACAUCCCUGUCUCACAUCCCUGUCUCACAUCCCUGUCUCACAUCCCUGUCUCACAUCCCUGUCUCACAUCCCUGUCUCACAUCCCUGUCUCACAUCCCUGUCUCACAUCCCUGUCUCACAUCCCUGUCUCACAUCCCUGUCUCCCAUCCCUGUCUCACAUCCCUGUCUCCCAUCCCUGUCUCCCAUCCCUGUCUCGCAUCCCUGUCUCACAUCCCUGUCUCACAUCCCUGUCUCGCAUCCCUGUCUCACAUCCCUGUCUCACAUCCCUGUCUCCAUCCCUGUCUCACAUCCCUGUCUCACAUCCCUGUCUCGCAUCCCUGUCUCACAUCCCUGUCAUCCCUGUCUCACAUCCCUGUCUCACAUCCCUGUCUCACAUCCCUGUCUCACAUCCCUGUCUCGCAUCCCUGUCUCACAUCCCUGUCUCACAUCCCUGUCUCACAUCCCUGUCUCACAUCCCUGUCUCGCAUCCCUGUCUCGCAUCCCUGUCUCACAUCCCUGUCUCACAUCCCUGUCUCACAUCCCUGUCUCACAUCCCUGUCUCACAUCCCUGUCUCGCAUCCCUGUCUCACAUCCCUGUCUCACAUCCCUGUCUCGCAUCCCUGUCUCACAUCCCUGUCUCACAUCCCUGUCUCACAUCCCUGUCUCGCAUCCCUGUCUCACAUCCCUGUCUCACAUCCCUGUCUCACAUCCCUGUCUCACAUCCCUGUCUCACAUCCCUGUCUCGCAUCCCUGUCUCGCAUCCCUGUCUCACAUCCCUGUCUCACAUCCCUGUCUCACAUCCCUGUCUCGCAUCCCUGUCUCACAUCCCUGUCUCACAUCCCUGUCUCACAUCCCUGUCUCACAUCCCUGUCUCACAUCCCUGUCUCACAUCCCUGUCUCACAUCCCUGUCUCACAUCCCUGUCUCACAUCCCUGUCUCACAUCCCUGUCUCACAUCCCUGUCUCACAUCCCUGUCUCACAUCCCUGUCUCACAUCCCUGUCUCACAUCCCUGUCUCACAUCCCUGUCUCCCAUCCCUGUCUCACAUCCCUGUCUCCCAUCCCUGUCUCCCAUCCCUGUCUCGCAUCCCUGUCUCACAUCCCUGUCUCACAUCCCUGUCUCACAUCCCUGUCUCACAUCCCUGUCUCACAUCCCUGUCUCACAUCCCUGUCUCACAUCCCUGUCUCACAUCCCUGUCUCACAUCCCUGUCUCACAUCCCCGUCUCACAUCCCUGUCUCACAUCCCUGUCUCACAUCCCUGUCUCACAUCCCUGUCUCCCAUCCCUGUCUCACAUCCCUGUCUCCCAUCCCUGUCUCCCAUCCCUGUCUCGCAUCCCUGUCUCACAUCCCUGUCUCACAUCCCUGUCUCGCAUCCCUGUCUCACAUCCCUGUCUCACAUCCCUGUCUCCAUCCCUGUCUCACAUCCCUGUCUCACAUCCCUGUCUCGCAUCCCUGUCUCACAUCCCUGUCUCACAUCCCUGUCUCACAUCCCUGUCUCACAUCCCUGUCUCACAUCCCUGUCUCGCAUCCCUGUCUCACAUCCCUGUCUCACAUCCCUGUCUCACAUCCCUGUCUCACAUCCCUGUCUCGCAUCCCUGUCUCGCAUCCCUGUCUCACAUCCCUGUCUCACAUCCCUGUCUCACAUCCCUGUCUCACAUCCCUGUCUCACAUCCCUGUCUCGCAUCCCUGUCUCACAUCCCUGUCUCACAUCCCUGUCUCGCAUCCCUGUCUCACAUCCCUGUCUCACAUCCCUGUCUCACAUCCCUGUCUCGCAUCCCUGUCUCACAUCCCUGUCUCACAUCCCUGUCUCACAUCCCUGUCUCACAUCCCUGUCUCGCAUCCCUGUCUCGCAUCCCUGUCUCACAUCCCUGUCUCACAUCCCUGUCUCACAUCCCUGUCUCACAUCCCUGUCUCACAUCCCUGUCUCGCAUCCCUGUCUCACAUCCCUGUCUCGCAUCCCUGUCUCGCAUCCCUGUCUCACAUCCCUGUCUCACAUCCCUGUCUCACAUCCCUGUCUCACAUCCCUGUCUCACAUCCCUGUCUCGCAUCCCUGUCUCACAUCCCUGUCUCACAUCCCUGUCUCACAUCCCUGUCUCACAUCCCUGUCUCGCAUCCCUGUCUCACAUCCCUGUCUCACAUCCCUGUCUCCAUCCCUGUCUCACAUCCCUGUCUCACAUCCCUGUCUCACAUCCCUGUCUCACAUCGCUGUCUCACAUCCCUGUCUCACAUCCCUGUCUCACAUCCCUGUCUCACAUCCCUGUCUCACAUCCCUGUCUCACAUCCCUGUCUCACAUCCCUGUCUCACAUCCCUGUCUCACAUCCCUGUCUCACAUCCCUGUCUCACAUCCCUGUCUCCCAUCCCUGUCUCACAUCCCUGUCUCCCAUCCCUGUCUCCCAUCCCUGUCUCGCAUCCCUGUCUCACAUCCCUGUCUCACAUCCCUGUCUCACAUCCCUGUCUCACAUCCCUGUCUCACAUCCCUGUCUCACAUCCCUGUCUCACAUCCCUGUCUCACAUCCCUGUCUCACAUCCCUGUCUCACAUCCCCGUCUCACAUCCCUGUCUCACAUCCCUGUCUCACAUCCCUGUCUCACAUCCCUGUCUCACAUCCCUGUCUCACAUCCCUGUCUCACAGCCCUGUCUCACAUCCCUGUCUCGCAUCCCUGUCUCACAUCCCUGUCUCGCAUCCCUGUCUCACAUCCCUGUCUCACAUCCCUGUCUCACAUCCCUGUCUCACAUCCCUGUCUCACAUCGCUGUCUCACAUCCCUGUCUCACAUCCCUGUCUCACAUCCCUGUCUCACAUCCCUGUCUCACAUCCCUGUCUCACAUCCCUGUCUCACAUCCCUGUCUCACAUCCCUGUCUCACAUCCCUGUCUCACAUCCCUGUCUCACAUCCCUGUCUCCCAUCCCUGUCUCACAUCCCUGUCUCCCAUCCCUGUCUCCCAUCCCUGUCUCGCAUCCCUGUCUCACAUCCCUGUCUCACAUCCCUGUCUCACAUCCCUGUCUCACAUCCCUGUCUCACAUCCCUGUCUCACAUCCCUGUCUCACAUCCCUGUCUCACAUCCCUGUCUCACAUCCCUGUCUCACAUCCCCGUCUCACAUCCCUGUCUCACAUCCCUGUCUCACAUCCCUGUCUCACAUCCCUGUCUCACAUCCCUGUCUCACAUCCCUGUCUCACAGCCCUGUCUCACAUCCCUGUCUCGCAUCCCUGUCUCACAUCCCUGUCUCGCAUCCCUGUCUCACAUCCCUGUCUCACAUCCCUGUCUCACAUCCCUGUCUCGCAUCCCUGUCUCACAUCCCUGUCUCACAUCCCUGUCUCGCAUCCCUGUCUCACAUCCCUGUCUCACAUCCCUGUCUCACAUCCCUGUCUCGCAUCCCUGUCUCGCAUCCCUGUCUCACAUCCCUGUCUCACAUCCCUGUCUCACAUCCCUGUCUCACAUCCCUGUCUCGCAUCCCUGUCUCACAUCCCUGUCUCACAUCCCUGUCUCGCAUCCCUGUCUCACAUCCCUGUCUCACAUCCCUGUCUCACAUCCCUGUCUCACAUCCCUGUCUCACAUCCCUGUCUCACAUCCCUGUCUCACAUCCCUGUCUCACAUCCCUGUCUCACAUCCCUGUCUCACAUCCCUGUCUCACAUCCCUGUCUCGCAUCCCUGUCUCACAUCCCUGUCUCGCAUCCCUGUCUCGCAUCCCUGUCUCACAUCCCUGUCUCACAUCCCUGUCUCACAUCCCUGUCUCGCAUCCCUGUCUCACAUCCCUGUCUCACAUCCCUGUCUCACAUCCCUGUCUCACAUCCCUGUCUCACAUCCCUGUCUCACAUCCCUGUCUCACAUCCCUGUCUCACAUCCCUGUCUCACAUCCCUGUCUCACAUCCCUGUCUCACAUCCCUGUCUCACAUCCCUGUCUCCCAUCCCUGUCUCCCAUCCCUGUCUCACAUCCCUGUCUCCCAUCCCUGUCUCCCAUCCCUGUCUCACAUCCCUGUCUCGCAUCCCUGUCUCACAUCCCUGUCUCACAUCCCUGUCUCACAUCCCUGUCUCACAUCCCUGUCUCACAUCCCUGUCUCACAGCCCUGUCUCACAUCCCUGUCUCGCAUCCCUGUCUCACAUCCCUGUCUCGCAUCCCUGUCUCACAUCCCUGUCUCACAUCCCUGUCUCACAUCCCUGUCUCGCAUCCCUGUCUCACAUCCCUGUCUCACAUCCCUGUCUCGCAUCCCUGUCUCACAUCCCUGUCUCACAUCCCUGUCUCACAUCCCUGUCUCACAUCCCUGUCUCACAUCCCUGUCUCGCAUCCCUGUCUCGCAUCCCUGUCUCACAUCCCUGUCUCACAUCCCUGUCUCACAUCCCUGUCUCACUUCCCUGUCUCACAUCCCUGUCUCGCAUCCCUGUCUCACAUCCCUGUCUCACAUCCCUGUCUCGCAUCCCUGUCUCACAUCCCUGUCUCACAUCCCUGUCUCACAUCCCUGUCUCACAUCCCUGUCUCACAUCCCUGUCUCACAUCCCUGUCUCACAUCCCUGUCUCACAUCCCUGUCUCACAUCCCUGUCUCACAUCCCUGUCUCACAUCCCUGUCUCACAUCCCUGUCUCACAUCCCUGUCUCACAUCCCUGUCUCACAUCCCUGUCUCACAUCCCUGUCUCCCAUCCCUGUCUCACAUCCCUGUCUCCCAUCCCUGUCUCCCAUCCCUGUCUCGCAUCCCUGUCUCACAUCCCUGUCUCACAUCCCUGUCUCACAUCCCUGUCUCACAUCCCUGUCUCACAUCCCUGUCUCACAUCCCUGUCUCACAUCCCUGUCUCACAUCCCUGUCUCACAUCCCUGUCUCACAUCCCUGUCUCACAUCCCUGUCUCACAUCCCUGUCUCACAUCCCUGUCUCCCAUCCCUGUCUCACAUCCCUGUCUCCCAUCCCUGUCUCCCAUCCCUGUCUCGCAUCCCUGUCUCACAUCCCUGUCUCACAUCCCUGUCUCGCAUCCCUGUCUCACAUCCCUGUCUCACAUCCCUGUCUCCAUCCCUGUCUCACAUCCCUGUCUCACAUCCCUGUCUCGCAUCCCUGUCUCACAUCCCUGUCUCACAUCCCUGUCUCACAUCCCUGUCUCACAUCCCUGUCUCACAUCCCUGUCUCGCAUCCCUGUCUCACAUCCCUGUCUCACAUCCCUGUCUCACAUCCCUGUCUCACAUCCCUGUCUCGCAUCCCUGUCUCGCAUCCCUGUCUCACAUCCCUGUCUCACAUCCCUGUCUCACAUCCCUGUCUCACAUCCCUGUCUCACAUCCCUGUCUCGCAUCCCUGUCUCACAUCCCUGUCUCACAUCCCUGUCUCGCAUCCCUGUCUCACAUCCCUGUCUCACAUCCCUGUCUCACAUCCCUGUCUCGCAUCCCUGUCUCACAUCCCUGUCUCACAUCCCUGUCUCACAUCCCUGUCUCACAUCCCUGUCUCGCAUCCCUGUCUCGCAUCCCUGUCUCACAUCCCUGUCUCACAUCCCUGUCUCACAUCCCUGUCUCGCAUCCCUGUCUCACAUCCCUGUCUCACAUCCCUGUCUCGCAUCCCUGUCUCACAUCCCUGUCUCACAUCCCUGUCUCACAUCCCUGUCUCACAUCCCUGUCUCACAUCCCUGUCUCACAUCCCUGUCUCACAUCCCUGUCUCACAUCCCUGUCUCACAUCCCUGUCUCACAUCCCUGUCUCACAUCCCUGUCUCACAUCCCUGUCUCACAUCCCUGUCUCACAUCCCUGUCUCACAUCCCUGUCUCCCAUCCCUGUCUCACAUCCCUGUCUCCCAUCCCUGUCUCCCAUCCCUGUCUCGCAUCCCUGUCUCACAUCCCUGUCUCACAUCCCUGUCUCACAUCCCUGUCUCACAUCCCUGUCUCACAUCCCUGUCUCACAUCCCUGUCUCACAUCCCUGUCUCACAUCCCUGUCUCACAUCCCCGUCUCACAUCCCUGUCUCACAUCCCUGUCUCACAUCCCUGUCUCACAUCCCUGUCUCCCAUCCCUGUCUCACAUCCCUGUCUCCCAUCCCUGUCUCCCAUCCCUGUCUCGCAUCCCUGUCUCACAUCCCUGUCUCACAUCCCUGUCUCGCAUCCCUGUCUCACAUCCCUGUCUCACAUCCCUGUCUCCAUCCCUGUCUCACAUCCCUGUCUCACAUCCCUGUCUCGCAUCCCUGUCUCACAUCCCUGUCUCACAUCCCUGUCUCACAUCCCUGUCUCACAUCCCUGUCUCACAUCCCUGUCUCGCAUCCCUGUCUCACAUCCCUGUCUCACAUCCCUGUCUCACAUCCCUGUCUCACAUCCCUGUCUCGCAUCCCUGUCUCGCAUCCCUGUCUCACAUCCCUGUCUCACAUCCCUGUCUCACAUCCCUGUCUCACAUCCCUGUCUCACAUCCCUGUCUCGCAUCCCUGUCUCACAUCCCUGUCUCACAUCCCUGUCUCGCAUCCCUGUCUCACAUCCCUGUCUCACAUCCCUGUCUCACAUCCCUGUCUCGCAUCCCUGUCUCACAUCCCUGUCUCACAUCCCUGUCUCACAUCCCUGUCUCACAUCCCUGUCUCGCAUCCCUGUCUCGCAUCCCUGUCUCACAUCCCUGUCUCACAUCCCUGUCUCACAUCCCUGUCUCACAUCCCUGUCUCACAUCCCUGUCUCGCAUCCCUGUCUCACAUCCCUGUCUCGCAUCCCUGUCUCGCAUCCCUGUCUCACAUCCCUGUCUCACAUCCCUGUCUCACAUCCCUGUCUCACAUCCCUGUCUCACAUCCCUGUCUCGCAUCCCUGUCUCACAUCCCUGUCUCACAUCCCUGUCUCACAUCCCUGUCUCACAUCCCUGUCUCGCAUCCCUGUCUCACAUCCCUGUCUCACAUCCCUGUCUCACAUCCCUGUCUCACAUCCCUGUCUCGCAUCCCUGUCUCACAUCCCUGUCUCCCAUCCCUGUCUCACAUCCCUGUCUCGCAUCCCUGUCUCACAUCCCUGUCUCACAUCCCUGUCUCACAUCCCUGUCUCACAUCCCUGUCUCGCAUCCCUGUCUCGCAUCCCUGUCUCACAUCCCUGUCUCACAUCCCUGUCUCACAUCCCUGUCUCACAUCCCUGUCUCACAUCCCUGUCUCGCAUCCCUGUCUCACAUCCCUGUCUCACAUCCCUGUCUCAUCCCUGUCUCGCAUCCCUGUCUCACAUCCCUGUCUCGCAUCCCUGUCUCACAUCCCUGUCUCACAUCCCUGUCUCACAUCCCUGUCUCACAUCCCUGUCUCACAUCCCUGUCUCACAUCCCUGUCUCACAUCUCUGUCUCACACAGUCCUGAACCCUCCCCUCACAUGCUCACCACACCAUUCCCAUCCUGCCCCAAGCAACCAUUCCCAUCCUGGCCCAAGCCCCACUCCUCACAUACACUCACCCUCGCCCCCCAAAUGCACUCAUCCCCACCGCCCUAUGCACUCACCCGCACCCUCCCACGCACUCACCCGCCCCCCCCUUCCCAUGCACUCACCCGCUCCCCCACUUCCCAUGCACCCUCCCUUUCCCAUGCACUUACUCGCCCCCCUGACCUUCCCCAUGCACUCACGCCCAUCGCACAAUGUCUCGCCCUUCUUCUCAGUUACCCCGUACUCUCCACUUUAAGACAUCAUCGUCCCCCCCAUCCCCCUCCUAAGCACUCAACCCUCUCCUCCCCCUGCCCUUCCUAUGCACUCACGCCCAGCGCACAAUGUUCUUGUCCCUCUUCUCAAUGA